UUUUUAGAUCGAAGACCAUAACUCCUCCAACAUGGGACCUUUCUACUUAAUUAUUGCUUUAUUAAUACAGAACUCAUGCACAGAAACAAUAGCAGACAAUGAGGAUAAUCAAAUUGACUCAGUUAGUGAAAGUAUAUUAAAAGAAUAUGAACCAGCACCCAAAGAUUGGAUGGACAUGUUCAUAGGUUCCAGUAGUAACAUCUUCCCAACAUCAUCCGCAACUCUAAUGGCUCAAGCCACGCUUUCAGACAAAUCUCCAGAGGAACAACUCGAAGAAAUAAAAGAUAUAGCGGAACAUAUAACGAAAGCAAUACAAAGUGAAAUGGCCAAUCUACUUUCCUAUGCUGUUUCUAUUACCAAUAAAGAGGAGGUGGACAAUAAAUUAAGAAGAAAGAGAUCUAUUGAAACUCCCAUGGAUAGUACACAGUUAGUUAUGCGACUCCUAAAACAUAUUAAAUCUAACAAUGAGUAUCAAAAUAUUGCAAUUGAAAAAAUGAUGACUGCACAGGAAAUUGCUGAUAAAUACGGAAUUGAGUUUAACCCUGAUCCCGAAAUACUGUCCGACCUUGCAUUAGCUGCAAACGAACAAGCCGAAGAAAUGUCAGAGAUCCUUAAAGAUGCAUGUGAUUUGAAAAAUGUUACUAAGCGCCACGACACAGACUCUCUUCUUGACAAAAAAGUUAAUUCUACACAAAAUCUCGUCAACUCAGAACAAAAGAAUACCACAAAAGUGCCAGACAUUAUGUCUUACAAUGAACACGAAAAUUCUGAUACAUUUUCGCAUUACAAUUACUAUUACAAUUAUCCAUAUGAAUCGCAAAUACAAGCUCCUCCCACCCAUCAUCAUCACAAUGCACCAGUAAGUCCUCGACCAGACUUCUACGACUACAUUUCUUUCAAUCCAACUCAAGAGUACUCUUCAUACUGUUCCAUGGAUCCAAUGUCUUCAAUAUUCUAUGUAGAUGAACCAGUGUUAUCUGAACCAGAAUUAGUUGGUGAAGAAUUUGAAGAGAUUAUUUCCUCUAAGGUCUAUAUCGACCAUGAUGAAGAGCCUGGAGUGUCCUCUGUCAAUCACGUUAUGACAUAUACAAUUUCGGAGAAAUCACAUUUCAGGAAACCGCAAAUAGAAAAUCUGCCACAACAAAUGCAAUAUUAUUUCUUCCUUAUGUAAGAAAUUAUGUUUUGU